UCCCUCUCUUUGCCCCCGCCACGUCCGCAGUCCAUUUUUUUCUUUUUAUAGUUCAUCAUCAUCGUCAUCUUCUCGACUCUGCAUCAGAGCAUCAUAAGAAAAUCAACCAUGGCUGCUUUUAACCUCCAGAAACUUCCCCAUUUAGCUGAUUGUAUUGGUCAAAACCUGAAACCCUACACCAAUCCAUUAGAAAACAACCCUUUCUACCGUCCGACUGAAGGCUUCUACAUCAACCCGACCGACGUCAUUCUCCGGCAGACAAUCCUCGACUCCUCAAGUGGCUCAACUCCUCAUUUGGCCUAUCAUCGCGCCGGUCCGCGAAAGGAAAUCUACUUUGAAACUGGAAGUGUUUGUGCUGCUAUUGUUACCUGUGGUGGACUUUGUCCUGGGAUGAAUACGGUGAUCAGAGAGCUGGUUGUUGGGCUUUGGGAGCUGUAUGGAGUGCGGAAGAUUUAUGGGAUAGUGGCGGGUUAUAGAGGGUUUUAUUCGAGAGAAACUGUUGAGCUGAAUCCUAAACUUGUUCAUAAUUGGCAUAAGAGAGGUGGUACUGUUCUUGAGACUUCUAGAGGUGGAUUUGAUCUUAAUAAGAUUGUUGAUGGCAUCAAAGAUCGUGGUUUUAAUCAGGUCUAUAUUAUUGGUGGGGAUGGAACUAUGCGAGGGGCUGUGAAAAUAUAUGAUGGAAUCCGUAGAAGAAAAUUGAACAUCGGAGUUACUGGAAUUCCCAAAACAGUUGACAAUGAUAUAGGCAUUAUCGACAAAUCAUUUGGAUUCCAGACCGCAGUCGAAAUGGCCCAGCAAGCAAUCAAUGCAGCUCACGUUGAGGCAGAGAGUGCAGUUAAUGGUAUCGGACUGGUGAAGCUCAUGGGUCGAAGUACAGGACACAUAGCCCUCCACGCUACAUUGAGCAGUCGUGACGUCGACUGCUGUUUAAUACCCGAAAUUGAUUUUUACUUGGAAGGAAAGGGAGGGUUAUUUGAAUUUCUCGGGAAGCGAUUACAAGAGAAUGGCCACGCAGUUCUUGUUGUGGCAGAAGGUGCCGGGCAGGACAAGAUUCCGAGAAGUGAUGCUCAGAAAGAAGAGAGAGAUGAAUCGGGCAACCCUGUUUUCCUAGAUGUCGGUGCUUGGUUGAAGUCGGAGCUGAAGAAAUGGUGGUCGAGAGACCACCCGAAUGAGUUAUUUACGGUGAAGCAUAUAGAUCCGACAUACAUGAUACGAGCAGUUCCGGCGAAUGCUACCGAUAAUCUAUACUGUACGCUUCUGGCGCAUUCUGCUAUUCAUGGAGUUAUGGGAGGUUACACUGGGUUCGUGUGUGGUCCAAUUAACGGUAACUAUGCAUAUAUCCCAUUAGAAGAAGUUGCACAGGCAAAAAACAUAGUUAGCAUAAAAGAUCACAAAUGGGCUUGGGUGAGAUCAGUCACUAAUCAGCCUGAUUUUGUUAGGAGAUGAUCAUACAUACUCAUGAUCAUCUCUAAAAUGAUGUAUCUGGUGUUUAAAUUUUUUGAGUAAAAGCCACGGUGAAACUGCUAAGUUUUAAAAAUUUGGA